CAAACAUUCCCGCCUCAACCCCGACCCCAGCAUCACUAAUACAUAAAACCCCAUCGUAUCCUUCACCACUCCUCACUAUGGUCAGCUCUUCAUUGUUGCGUCAAAAUGGCCGUCGAUACUUCAGAUAGCGUCUGUCCCACGCUCCACGAUGAACCCCUCAGUGAUGAAAAACCCCAAGAUGACGCUGCUUCAACACCAAGCCAAGGCGACGAAGAGAUUCAAGCUUGCACAACAGAAGACUCAGGUGAACCUCCAGAUGGUGGCUUACAAGCCUGGCUGCAAGUCGUAACAGGCCAUCUCGUCGCUUUCAACUCAUGGGGGUAUCUCAUCAGCUUCGGCAUCUUCCAGCCCUACUACGAAUCCCAAUUCUCACUUCCACCCUCAACAAUCUCUUGGAUCGGCAGCUUAGAAGUCUGUCUCAUUUUCUUCAUCGGCACAUUCUCCGGCCGAGCUUUCGACGCAGGAUAUUAUCGCACUGCCCUAGCAGUAGGCCUCUUUCUCCAAAUAUUAGCCAUCUUCAUGACCAGUAUCGCAUCAUCGUACUGGCAAGUCCUUCUCGCCCAAGGAAUCUGCCAAGGUCUUGGUAAUGGAAUCAUCUUCGCACCGACGAUAGCAAACAUGUCGACGUAUUUUACUAGCAAGAAGACUAUUGCUAUAUCAGCUGGUGCAUGCGGUGCUGGCACAGGAGGGAUUGUGUUUCCGCUGAUUGCACAACAACUUCUCCCCAAGAUUGGGUUUCGCUGGACAGUGAGGGUUAUGGGCUUAGUGGUUGCUGUGUCGUCAAUGAUUAUCAUGAUCAUUGCGAAGACGAGACUCAAGGCGAGAAAGGCUGGGCCGCUUGUUGAAUGGGCUGCAUUCAAGGAGCCAGCGUAUGUCCUCUUUGCUGCGGCAAUGUUCUUUACCUUGUGGCCAACAUGGAUCUCCUACAACUAUGCUCGUCAAUACACAACAGACAAACUCUCUGGCUCAGCCUCAGACUCAUUCCUAAUCCUCAUCGUCAUAAACGCCGUCGGUAUCCCAGGCCGCAUGAUAUCCGCCUUUCUCGCCGACCGCCUCUUCGGCGCCAUUCCCGUCUUCAUACCCACAAUCUUCUCGGCCUCUCUAUGUCUCUAUCUCUGGUCACAGGUCUCCUCCCUAACAGGAAUGUUCAUCUGGGUCAGCGUAUUUGGCUAUUUCGGCGCCGCGAUACAAAGUCUCUUCCCUUCCUGCUGUGCGAGUCUUACGCCAGAUUUGAGUAAAGCCGGGACAAGAAUUGGAAUGAUCUUCUCGAUUAUUAGUUUUGCGGCGUUGACGGGGUCGCCUUUGGCUGGGAAGUUGAUGCAAGCUACGGGCGGGAGCUAUUUGGCGGCGCAGAUUUGGGGAGGGUCGAGUAUGAUUUUGGGGAUGGGGUUGUUUCCUCCCCUCUCAAUUCCUCCCCCCAAAGUGUCCCCGCUAACCACCACAGAUGCCUCACCACUCCUCGCACCCGCACUCCUCCAGCGCGCCCAAUCCCUCACAACCGAACACGACGACCUCCAGAAAACCCUCAACAACUCCUUCGAUUCUACCAUAGCUAAGCGCGUCGGCGAAUUGUCCCGCGUAGCUGAAGCGCUGAAAGCAUGGCAGACCUCCCAAGCCUCUGUUGCCGAAUUAACCUCCAUGCUUGACGACCCCGAUCAAGACGCCGAUCUCGCUGCCAUCGCCCGCGAUGAACUCAGCUCCGAAACAGGAAAACUCGAGUCCCUCGCCCGCAGACUCUCAGCAAGCUUAACGCCCCGCCACCCCUUCGCCGAUUUCCCAUGCAUGCUGGAGUUCCGCCCUGGGCCUGGUGGUCUUGAAGGGCGGUACUUUAUGGAUACUUUGUUCAAAAUGUACAAGGCGCUAUGCAUGCGACGCGGUUAUCGCCACACAGUAGUAAAGUACGAAUUUGCCGAUACAGCAGGUGAUUCCUCCUCAUCAGCCGGCGAGAACCCCCUCCAAGAAGCAAUUCUCGAAGUCCACGACCAAGGCGCCUUCGACAUCUUCCGCAGCGAAGCAGGCAUGCACCGUGUCCAACGCAUUCCCAGCACCGAGACCAAAGGCCGCGUGCACACCAGUGCCGUCGCAGUCUGGGUUCUGCCCUCGUUCCCCGAGAACGGCGCUGCAAACAUCGACUUUGACGAUCCAGAGAGUGACUUCUACGUUAAUCCGCAGGAGGUCAAAAUUGAGACGAUGCGAGCUAGAGGUGCGGGAGGACAACACGUUAAUAAGACGGAGUCUGCUAUUCGAAUGACGCAUUUGCCUACUGGUACGACUGUGUCGAUGCAGGAUCAUCGUUCGCAGCAGCGUAAUCGUGAAGAAGCAUGGAAAUUGCUUCGUUCACGCAUUGCAGAUCAGCGACGAGAAGCUCGUGAAGAGGAAGCCUCUAAGCUAAGAAACAGCGUACUCUCCAAGACACAGAUCACACGAGGUGAUAAGAUCCGAACAUACAACUACAACCAAGACCGAUGUACCGACCAUCGUGCAGGCGUUGACGUGCACGACCUACCGAAUGUUCUCGAGGGCGGUGAAAAGCUAGAUCGAAUCAUGGACGGCGCAAAAGAUUGGCUUGUGAAUAAGGAUAUUGAACUCCUCAUGGCCGAAGAAGAAGCCAAAGAGAAGCUCAAUGGCAAGAAAUAG